AUGAAGUUCACUAACUCCGUUGCCGUCACCCUCGCCACGGCGGGCUCCCUGGUGGCCGCCCACGGCCACGGCCACGCUCACUUCCACAAGCGCGCUGUUGAGACCGAGACCGAGACCGCGGUCACGGCCGGUCCCACCGUCUACGACUUCGUUGUCCUCGACCCCAGCAAGUCUGGUACCCCUGAGCACAUGAGCGUCGAUGAGGCUUGCUCUCUCCUCGCCAAGCACGAGCUCGAAUGGCUUGGCAAUGCUAUCCCCAAUGCUUGCCCGACCAGCACCAGCACCAGCACUCCCGUGAGCACCUCGACUGCUGCUCCCACUACCACCAUCGCUGCCCAGGUUCUCCUUGAGACCUCCGCCGCUAUCACCCCCAGCUCCUCCAGCACCAGCACGGUGGUCCCCACCACCAGCGCUGCCAGCUCCACCAGCUCCGCCGCUUCCAGCAAGUCCAGCAAGACCAGCUCCGUCACUGGUAUCACCGCCGAGUUCCCCAGCGGUGAGAUUGACUGUGGCACUUUCCCCUCCGACUACGGUGCCGUUGCUCUCGACUACCUCGGCCUCGGUGGUUACUCUGGUAUCCAGUACGUUACCAUUGCCGACGCCGUCAUUAGCGAGAUCGUGACCGCUGUCACCGGUGACUCCUGCACCAGCGGCGCCAUGUGCUCGUACGCCUGCCCUGCCGGUUACCAAAAGUCUCAGUGGCCCCUCACCCAGGGUGCCACUGGCCAGUCCAUCGGUGGUUUGGAGUGCAAGAACGGCAAGCUCCACCUGACCAACACCGAGUACAAGACUCUCUGCAUUGAGGGCACUGGUGGUGUCAACGUUCGCAACGAGCUCGGCGACCAGGUCGCUGUUUGCCGUACCGACUACCCCGGUACCGAGUCCGAGACUAUUCCCCUCUCCGCUCUUGCUGGUGAGGAGCACCCCCUGACCUGCCCCAACGGUGCCACCUACUUCAAGUGGGAGGGCAAGAUCACCUCCGCUCAGUACUACGUCAACAACAAGGGUGUUUCCGCCGAGAAGGGUUGCCAGUGGGGUGACGGCUCCGAGCCCAUCGGUAACUGGGCCCCCAUGAACCUGGGUGUUGGCUACUCUGCCGGCUCCACCUGGUUGUCCAUGUUCAAGAACGAGCCUACCACCUCUGCCAACCUGGACUUCAAGAUCAAGCUGGUUGGUGACGACCUGAGCGACAACUGCCGCUACGAUGGUGCCGGUAAUUUCUACAACAACGCCGGCCUGAUCACCUCUGGCAACGGCUGCACUGUCAGCUCCUCCUCAGGCAACGCCUACUUCGUCUUCUACGAAUAA